AUGCCGGAUUGGUCGGCCAUGAGACCGACGGCGGAUGCGAUCGUCUUCACCUUGCUCUACUUUGUGUUUGUCAUUUCAGUGAUAGUGAAUUGUGUUAAGAAAAGGACCAUUGUCUCGGAAAAAUACUAUUCGCUUUCAGAGUAGGUUAUCAUAUUUUUGUAAAAUUUUUAAAUUUAACUUUAAAAUUAAAAUUUUUGAAUUUUCAUAUUAUCCUUUAUGACGUUUGGCUUAUAGACGACUGUUUCUGAUGUCACCGUACAAAAAAUUAUUAAAAUUAUUUUGUCGCUAUCUUAUCUGAUCUCUCUUUACAAAAAUCAUCAGCGACACGUUCCUGACUUUUGGCGAAAACUUGUUGAUCUUUCGGCCAAACGUUAUCUAUCAGGAGUGAAAUCACUUAACAACCUGACUUAUGCUUUUUUUAGUGUAAUACUGUUCUUAUGUAAACCAUUUUCCUAAUAUUAUUACAUUCAUGCUCGUAUUGUUUCCUAAACAUUCUUUUACCACAAUGCCAACUUCAGAAAACCAACACAAACAGAAACGAUCGUGGAUGAAUCCAAGACUCCAGAAACCAGUGACCGUACCACCUCUGCCACUUCUGGCUCCACAAAUGCCGACCCAACUACAAGCUCAGCCCAAGAGAAAGAAGAUAAAGUGGUCGAAGAUCAUACUGGCGAUACCUACAAGGAGAUACGACCAAAAGCAAGCGCCUCAAAAUACCCAAAUAAGGUACAGCACAUUGAUCGUACAGACAUGGUAGCGUUGGCAUCGCUGAGCGAAGAGGAACAGAAGAUUUUGCUGAGAGCAAUGUCCAGAGGUGGGGUCAAGGGUGGAGUUGAGAACGGAUCAAAGGAAGCGGUCGUCAACAAGGUCUACACGGUCGGCACUACUGACGAGAUCACGUUACAGGAAAGAGAGUUACCAGAAUCUGUGGGUAAGUCAAACAAGCUACAAUUAAGGCUGCUACACGAAUUAUAAAAGUUUCUUAUAUUUUGACACUUCGUUCUUCUUUCCAAUAAAAGUUGACACUUCGUCUUCUUUGAGAAAUCAGACGAACUUGUCAAAAAUAAAUCAGAAUUCGCAAUGUAGUACAAUAUUUUUUUAGCAACAUCUUAUUUAAAAUACCAUAUUAUUGCUGAAAGGGUUUAAACUAUAGGUAUGAAUAAAUUUUAGGCGAUCUAAACUUGGAUAAUGUCGUACCAUUGGACAAUUUACUGAUUCGUAUGGUCCAAAAUGGCCCUCGUCAAUUCAAAUUCGAUUAUCAGGAGCUCAAGGAAUUGCUAGAGAAAGGAACUGAAGUCUUUUCUGCUGAAUGUUCUCUACUUGAUGUAAGUUUAGGUGUUUUCUUAUGUUUGAACGUUUUUUUUGUUUUUAUUGUUGAUUUACCUGAUUUGGAUUCUUCUGAACGUAACUUAAUAUAUUUUUGUAAACUAUUAGUAGAUAACAUUAGAUUUGGUUGUUUUAUUUUUUUUGGUCAAGUUUAAGGCUGAAAGUACAUGUGUACCUUGAUAUACUUUAAGGUAAACGUGCCAUGUGUAAUUUACGGAGAUAUUCAUGGCCAAUAUAGUGAUCUGCAUCGUUGGUUUAACCUGAAUGGAUGGCCCAAUAGGACAAGAACAGUGUUUUUGGGAGAUUUUGUGGACAGAGGUUCUCAUGGCAUCGAGGUUGUGGCUAUGUUAACCUUGUUGAAACUACAUUUUCCGGAGAAUAUCUUUGUUGUUCGAGGUAAUCAUGAAGAAGAAUCUCUCAACAAAGCCUACUCGUUUUAUGAAGAAGUUGUGGCAAGGUUUACAGAGGAAGAAUGUAGGUUUUAGUUGAUUAAUAUUGGCAUUGGACGUAUGUUUUGAUAUUUUUUUGAAUUAAAAAGGAUAUUACUUUAUGAGUUUUGGUUAGGUUUGAUUACAGAAAGCAGAAAGAUAACACAACUUAUCUAAAACACCUUAUUUUAGCCAAGCCGAAAGGUCAGCAGAUGUACAGCGCCUUCAAAAAGUUGUUCAUGCACCUUCCAUUGGCAGUUUUGGUUGGGAAGCGGAUUCUGGGAAUGCACGGUGGAAUCUCCCCUAAAAUGAGGUGUCUACAAGAUAUUAGGAAUAUAAAACGACCGAUCGACGACUUUGAGGUAGGAUCUUUGGAAUGUGAUCUUGUGUGGUCUGACCCGGAUACAGGUCACGAUGGCCAAGGUUUCAGGCCUAAUCUGGAGAGAGAACCUCAGAAUGGCAUUGGGCAGUUGUUUGGCGAGGAGUGUGUGAAAGAGGCGUGCGACAGGUUGGGAAUCGACCUCAUGAUCAGGGGACACCAGGUAGGAUUUUUAGCUUGAAUUAUGAAACUUUUGGUUUGUGGUAUGAACCUUCAAGUAAAGGUUAAAAAGUUUAAAACAAUUAUUUUAGGCACCUUUGUAUGGAUACGCAUUCUUUGCCGGAGGCAAAAUGAUGACAUUGUUCUCAGCGCCAGGCUACAAAGGUUCGACUGAGAAUGACAUUAACAUGGGAGCUUGUGUGGAAGUAAACACCGAUCUUCAGUUGACAAUCAAGCAGGUAUGCAGCUUUUUCAAUUUUUUUGUUUUAAAUAUUGACUUAACUGUUGAGAAAAAAAAUCUUUUUUAGUUUUUCUAUUAUAAGUUAAAAGAAAUGUUAUUGUUGAAGGUAUACUUUAAGGUCUAUUUUAUUAUUAUUGUUUAAGUAUAAUACGUGUGAUUUUCAGCUAAAAGUCAGUCAGAAGUUCCGUAAAAACAGAAUCGCAGACAUGGACAAGACCAGGCUUUGGCGCAAAAAAGUUUUGAGAUGA